AUGCCCUCCUUCACCGGCACCACCCCCGAGUCGCUCCUCGCGCGCAACGACUCGCUCAACCCCGAAGCAACAUGUCGCGGCAUCACCUCCAACGGCCGGCCCUGUCGCCGCCCCGUCAGCCCCACAGGCCAUCCGCCGCCGUCGCGCAAGAAGCUGUCGCCGCCCACCCCUGACGACGACGGCGAGGACUCCUACUGCUGGCAGCACAAGGACCAGGCCGGCCGCUCGGGCAAGUCGAGCCCCGGCGCGGGACGGCCCUCUGGCGGCGUCAUCCGCGAGGAAGGCCGCACGAGUCUGGAUACGCUGGCGGAUCGCCUGGGGCUCGUAGAUAUCAACGACAAUAAACGACCCAGCGGCCGGUUCUCGUCGGAAAAGUACAGGCCCAAGCCAAAGACGACGACCUUUUGCUUCUGCUUUAGCGUCCCGGAGGAAGACUUUGACGAGGCUCCGAGGCCUCACCAGCCCAGGCCGCAGCCUCACCCCGUGCAACCGCAGGCUGCUCGGCCGUCGACCCCCUCGGCGCGUCCAUCACGGCCACAGACGUCUCAUCAUCAGGGGCACUCCCGCCCCUCCAGCUCCUCGGCCCCGACGGCGGGCCACCUCAAGUCUCUCAUCCCAGAUUCCCUCGACGCCCACACGUCGUCGGUGCUCAUGAAGGAGGUAGCGAAGCCGUUUUCCGAUGCCGACGAACCCGGCUACAUCUACAUGUUCUGGCUCACUCCCGAAUCGGCUGCUGAUCCGGCCCCCGUCGACGCCGCAAGGGACCUCCUCGCUCCUCCUCCCCGAGGCGGCACCCGCAGCAGAAGGCCCAGCGAUGUUGUGUCUACAUUCGCCAACACCAACGGCCAGAAGCCAAAGACCAUGCUUCUCAAAAUCGGCCGAGCUGCCAAUGUCCAGCGCCGCAUGAACCAAUGGUCCCGCCAAUGCGGCCACUCCAUCCAGCUGCUGCGUUUCUACCCUUACAUAGCCCCAUCCCCAGCUGCUGCGGCUGCGGCUGUCCAUCCCACACCGCAUGUCAAGAAGGUGGAACGCCUCAUUCACCUUGAGCUUGGCGGCAUGGGACUCCGUGCUGAUCUCGGCGCCUGCAAGACAUGUGGACAUGAACACAAGGAGUGGUUUGAAGUGGAUGCCACGAGAGAUGGAGUCAAGAUUGUUGAUGACAUAAUUCGUCGUUGGGUGGGAUGGGAUGAUGGCUCUGCUGCUGGCGGGCGAUAA